AGGACCGUGUUUACAGCGACGCCGACUGUCCUGUACGGCAUCAGUAGUCGCCGAGAGAUCGAAGCGGUGAGUUCGGCGCAUUCGUUGGAGACACGGACGCCCUUCUUUUCUGCCCCCGAGUCAUGGUCCCUAAGCCAGAGAACAAGCUGACCGCGUGGUACGUCAACGAACCUGAAAAGGUGCUGGACGCCCAAAGGAUCAAGCAGAUAAUGGGGGAUGGUGCAGAGAUUUACGAGACUUCGUCGUACGAAGACGCCAUCGUCACGCUGGAGUGCAUCAGGCAGAGGAAGAAAAUUCGCUACGAGGACCGCCUCCAUCUUUCGCCGAACAAGGAAGACUACGUGAGCAUGAUCGACAUGUUCCGGCGCGAGCACAAACAUCCCGACGAGGAGGUGCGCUACUUUGAGCGUGGCACGGGCUUCCUGGACGUACGCGACAAGUCAGACCGCUGGCUGCGGGUGCAGGUCAGGGCGGGCCACCUGCUCGUUCUGCCACCGCAGAUAUACCACCGCUUCUCACCAGCAACGCAACAGGAGGAAUUAGUGAUUCACCGCCUCUUUGAGGAUGUGGAUGCCUGGACAGCAGACUUCAGGGAUGAAGAAGGCGACCAGUGACUCGUCCAAUUGAUCUCCACACUUAGCUUUGUUGUACGCGUCUGCUCGGUGCGUGCUCUACUUUGUAUGUGUGGAACACUUGUACAUUUCAGAAGAGUUGUAUUGUGUUUUUCCCUUUGCUUCAAACCUUCUUCAAUACGCAGCAGGUAAAAGUCACUAACACCUUGCAGCUUUGCUCAGCACCACAACAGGGCAAACAACAACCUCCUCAGACAACCUGCCAAAUUUAAAUUUAGAACAGAAACAGGUAGCCACUUCAGAUCUAGUUACCUCAUUCAAAUCUAUUUCUUUGGGUACUUUCUACAAAAGUACCCAAAAGGACAAAAGUAACCCUGGAUGCACGCACUAAUUUCGUGCAUCCAGGGUUCAUGCUCGUUUACAUGACAGCAAUUCAAAGGUUUUCAAGGACUUUCAAGGCUACAUGUGUGAAUUUUCAAGGACCACUUCGUCCGUUAGAAACCCAAUUUAUGCAUUUUCAAGUGAGAAUUGAGCCCAGGCCAUCUGCACGGCAAGCAGGUGUUCUACCGCAGAGCCACACCAUUGCUUUGAACUUCUUCAAAAAAUGGCGGCUUUAAAUAAUUAGAAUUCAACAAAAAAAAGUAACAUCGCUGGAGCAAACAUCAGAAACAUGGCUCUGAUAACAUUUACUUUCCAGAGAACUCUCAAUCGUAGUUUCUUAGAGGUUGAUAGAUAAUCGCUUUCAGUAUGACACAAGAUACAAUGGUGUAUUCUGAUAGGCAAAGCUAAGAAACAGUUAUUAUGCUACUCCCAUUUCAAUGCUCUCAUAUCAAUGUCCGCUACUAUCUCCUUGUGCUUGGUGUUGGCAGUCCUCAUUAGGCUGUCUGACUUGAUAAUGCAUGUCACGUCACUAGUUGCCUCUGCCUUUUCUGCUUAUGAGUCUGCUAUAGCUGCUAGUUCCGCAACAGAAACUUCUAACAUCUUUUUCGUUUUUGUAAGCAUUUUGUCCUCCUCCUCAAUGCAACAUUUUUUUCUAAUCCUCCUGCUACUUCCUCUUGCGAGUCUUCAAAAAUGCACAGUGUUGUCUUCCGCAGUGGGGCAGUCGUUAUGGUGCUCGACUGCAGAUUCGAUGGUCAUGGGUACGACCCGGACCACAGCAGUUCAAUUUCAAUGGAGGCAAAACAGUUAAGGCCUGUGUAGUGUGCAAUACAUAUCAAUGCAUGUUAAAGAGCGCCAGAUGAUCAAAAUUUCCGGAGCCUUCCAAUACGAUGUCUCUCAUAAUGAUUUCCUUGUUUUGGGACGUAAAGGCCCAGAUAUUAUCAUUAUUAAAAAUGCAUGGUGUUGGUUCCUCUCAGAAGAUACUGCUGUUCUCAAAUCUUUUAACAUAGGCACAUUACGUGUUCCACAUGCUACAUUUACGGCAUCCCAAAUAAUGGUCUGUGAAAUGUGCAAAAACGUUAAUGAAAAA